AUUCGUUGACAUUUAACAGCUGCCAAGUGUCAAUUUGAUGUUUUCCUCGUCACGAAAAAUAAAAAACAAUUUACCACGGUAAUAUCCACAAAAUGAAUUUCGGUGGGACUUUACGUAUAAAUAAAUUCGCAUGCUUUACAUUAGUGUUUAUAUUAUUCCUUACAAUAUACUGGCGGUCUGGCGGAUCAGUAUAUCCGGCGGACAAGAGUGAUUUGGUCAAUAUAAAAAAUCUACUGAAAGCGGCUAUCCAUGCAGCUGAACGCGGUGGAGGCAAGGUAGCGGAUGGAAAGGAGCACAAAUUGAACAUUAAGAGUAAAGGGAAGACUUUAGAAGGUGCUAAUGAUCCAGUAACGGAUGCAGACUAUGCAUCACACUGCGCGAUGUUUUACAGUCUGAAAAACACGUUUCCGAAAGUGAACAUAGUGUCGGAGGAACAUUCGAAAGGCGAGGUGGGGUGCGAAGACCAACCGGUCCUCGACACGGAGUCGUCUAUUCAGGGGCAUAGAAAUAUAGAUCAUAUGAUGGAUGAACAUGUUUUAGUCAAAGAUGUUACUAUUUGGAUUGACCCUUUGGAUGCUACACAGGAGUAUACAGAGGGUCUGUACCAGUAUGUGACAACCAUGGUGUGUGUGGCCAUUAGAGGAGUGCCUGUCAUUGGUGUGGUCCACUAUCCAUUCCCCGCCCGUACAUAUUGGGGCUGGCACACUAAGAAGACAUCGGCCAACAUACCAGCUGUAGUUCAUAAAGAAGAGAACAAAGAACAUCCCAGAGUGGUGGUGUCAAGGUCUCACCCUGGUAAAGUAGCAGAGAUUGCAAAAAAAGCUUUUGGUGACAAAACCAUUGUCACGCCAGCUGCUGGCGCCGGCUUUAAGGUCAUGGAGGUGGUGAAUGGGACCUAUGAUGUCUACCUUCAUGCGACAACAAUCAAAAAGUGGGACCUUUGUGCAGGUGAUGCAAUUAUCAAGACAGUGGAUGGUAAAAUGACCACCACUAAAGGCCAGCUCAUAGAUUAUUCGUUUGGUAGUGAGGUAAAAGUGACGGAUGGCAUUUUAGUCACCAGAUAUGAUCAUGAUUAUUAUUUAAGUAAGAUGCCUAAAAUCAUGGGCGCUCUCACUUAGACAUGCAAAAAUGCUUGCUUGACGAAUAACAAAGUAGUAGUGGUUUUGGGGGGAGACAAAUGAUUUUGGCAGUCAUAUUGAUGAGAAUAUGUCAUACAAGGCUGACACCGAUGUUAUUAAACUUUACAAAGGUAUUGGUGUCUACAGGAUAAAGUGGCUAACUUCAGUUUAGUAAAAGUAGUAAAAAUUGAAUCAUUGGUACAAGAGCCAGGCUCUAGCCCAGUAGCAGAAAUAUGUAUGAUGAAAUUAUGGAGUGCUAUUAAAGCGAGAAUUGCAAAAAUUAAAUGAAAGCAAAUAUGUGUGUGGGAAUUUUUUUACAAAUUUCUGUCAGAAUAUUUUUUCCCAAAGUGUAAUGUUGCAUAUGUCUUAACAGACCAAUGUCAAAUAUAGUAUAUAGUUGUGAUGUAAAGUAACCCGGUCACUAACGACGUGGCUACGUCAAUUUUGUAAAUAGGAAUAAGUUUGUAUGCAGGAGUGGUUGUAGGAGGAGCAGCCCGGCCGAGUCCUUAGGUCUUGGCCAAGGCCCUAUUUUUUGGUGAACACCUGUUAACCCAUAAAUCAUCAGGACCUUUAUUUUACUUUACCUAGAACCUCGCGCCGAGUAAGACUGCCACUUAACUUGGAUGUGGAACUAGUAAUCAAAAUUAUUUUUAUUAUUUUAUUUUUUUAAAUCCAUUUUAUAAUACUUUAAGGUACAUAAGCAAUUGGUUUAUUUCUAUAUUUCUAAAUUCAAUAUAUUAUAAAACACUGCAUAAUUUCAGUACAAUUAUUUUUUAUUUAUUGUUUUCAUUAAAUUAUUGGUAUUAAUUAUAACAAAAGUAAUCGAAUUUAAUUAUAUUUUCGUGUGGAUAUUUUGAACUGCUCGAAUUUUAAAAUCUUAGUUCAUAAUUGAGUUCCAAGUAUUUGUUUAGUGUGUUUUAAUAAAAUUCAAGUACAUACAAUAUGAUAAAUGGUUAGAUUAAUUGUAAAGCCAAGUUCACAACAAAAAAUUUAUCGCUGCGUUUAUAUUCGGCAAUAAAAAUUGUCUACACUCAAGUGUUGAAUUAAUACAUAUUUAUACUGAUAAUCAUGAUAAUUGCGAUAUCAACAAUUAACACCACGCCAACUUGUAAAUACCGUUAAAUGUAAAUUUAACAUUACAGUUUUUUAAUGAGAAAAAACGAAAUACUUUGCAAAGUUUUCUAAAUGAUUCAAUUUGAUUAGUCGAUAUUUUUUACGUUUUGUAGAAAUAAAAAAAAUAUUUUGUCCUUUUAUAAUUUAGCAUAAAAUGGCCCAAAAUCAACUUAGCGCAGUGUUAAUUGCUGGUAUCGAUUUGAAAAUACUUACGCUGUACGUCGUUCAGUGUAGGUGGAUCCGGGGCGACAUAAUAGUAUUCUCGCCUUAUAAUAAUGAAACUGAAACUGCCUGUAUGAUAAAGUGUUGCACGUUUAAAACUUUCUUCUAAUGAAUAGUCUCGAAUAGAAAAAUGUGACGUUUAUUUGUGUAGUAACUUGAAGUACAUACAUGGUAGAAUUUAUUUAAUUUUAAAGUAUUAUAAUAUACAUGUCAAACAUAGAUUAAAAUUCUCGAAAUAAUAUCUCGUGUAAGUCUUUGAUAUUAAUGACUAGCUAAGCUAUUAUUUAUAGAAUACGACAAAACUUAAAUAAAAAGGACAAAGUUUUAUAAAAACGAUAUCGCAAGCGAUGCUAAAAGAGCUAGCAUGCUGCAGUUUUAUUAUUGUCACAAAUUUAUUUAUCCGCAUUUAAAGUAUGUAAUCUCUUAAAACAAUCAGGGAUGCGACCACAGUCCACACGCAUAUGACACUGUACAAUAUUUAUUGUUUACUGUUGAGAAAACAUGUAAAUUUACUUUGAAUUGGAACCAAUUAAGCAUAAUCAGCGUUACAGUCGUUCUUAAGUCGUACUGUAGCAACCAGCCGAAACUAACUGGUUAUUAUAUAAUUUUUGAAUAUUUAUUUUUGUGUCUAAAAUUGUGCCAGUAACAAAUCUUUCGUACUAAAUAUUCUUGUGGCAGCGCUACUUUUUUUCAUUUAAUAGUUUUGUGGCUGUCACUUAAACGCUGGUAACUUUAUAAAAGUUGUAGUGUGUAUGCAUCUUUAUUGCCAGCGCGAACGGAUGGUACUGAAAUUCAACACCGAUUAGAAUAAAACUUUAUGCACUUUCGCAUAGGGUUGAUAAUUAGUAUUACUAAAUCAAAACAGUGGCUAUAAGCAGCGUGUGUCGCUACUCUGUCCGUCUGCGCUAACCCUUAGGCUAUGAGUGAGACAGUUGCAAACUGUUAGUGUUAACAUUAAUUAGAUAUUAUGUUUGUAUAUAUUUAGAUAUAAAGGCUGAGUGGAUUUAUUUGAUUUGAUUAGAGUUUUUAGUGGCUUGCAGGCGUGAACUGGUAAAUUUGUUUUGAUAUUUACUAGAAACGUUUUUAAAAAUCUUUCUGUAAUUUUUUAAAAGUAAAUUCAUUUUAAUAUAUUUAGAAAAGGCUCAACAGAGUGGGGUUUUUGCAAGAUACAUAAAGUGCGAUAAAUAUUAUGCAAUCAUACUCGUUAUCUACGUGUGAUCUCAUUGCAUAAGUUAUUGGUCCGUACAUAGAAUCACGUUGUUGAGAUACAAUUUGUCAAUGAUAGGACGUGUUGCAGAUAAAGCUACAUGUAUAAUGUAUAUUUUAGACCGACAAUUAGUUUUAAAACUUCAAUUUAUUGGCAAAGGAAGAUUACUUACCUAAUGGCAAACGGCUUGUUCGUGUUCGCAGCAGUAACGCCAUCUAGAACUUCUGAAAACAUUAAAGUAUUGACGAAAAAAACGUUAAAAUUUAUUUCCACACAAUUAUAGUUUAUGCUACUACGUGAGCAGUGUUUUAAUUGUGAAAAAACAGGAAGCGAAUGCUGCGACCUCCCAAUCGAGUUUUCUCGUCUCUAUCUUGCGAGAAACUCUUUGAAUGUUUAUCUUAGAACUUCGCCAAUUAAUAGCAUACUAGCGGGUAUUGUUCAUAAUGUGUACAAAACCAUAAUCAGUUAAUUAAUCGUUCACGCCUGCAUACCAGAAAGUAUUUUUAAUAAAAUAAAUAAAAUUUAAUUUUUA